AUGUCCAUCGACGAUCACCGAAAACGGGAUAGCAUGGGGGUUAUCAGCGGGAAUGUGCUCGAGCGACAAAACCUGACCGACGUAAUCGCGCAAGAACCUAUAAUAUUCCGCUCGGUCAUUCGCUCGGUCCCCAGCCAAUCCCUGUACGAAAUGACGCCCGUGUUAAGCUGGGGCCUUUGGAAGGCGACUCCAGCAAUUGCAACAAGAGAUUAA